CGCUCCCUCCCGCCUCCCCGCCCGCUCCACUUCUCAUUCACUUGGCUCGCACGGCGCAGACCGCGCAGGGAGCACACACCGCCAGUCUGUGCGCUGAGUGGGAGCCAGAGGCCGCGGGGACACCGGGCUAUGCACGCCCCCAACUGAAGCUGCAUCUCAAAGCCGAAGAUUCCAGCAGCCCAGGGGAUUUCAAAGAGCUUAGACUCAAAGGAACAUCUGCGGAGACACCCCAGAAGCCCACUCCAGGACAGUCCUCAUCCGAGACGCGUCGCUAGUGCAGACAAGAGCGCGCAGUGGCCCCGGCUCGCCGCGCAAUGGAGCGGAUCCCCAGCGCGCAACCACCCCCAGCCUGCCUGCCCAAGGCACCGGGACUGGAGCACGGAGACCUACCAGGGAUGGAUUUUGCCCACAUGUACCAAGUGUACAAGUCAAGGCGGGGAAUAAAGCGGAGCGAGGAUAGCAAGGAGACCUACAAAUUGCCGCACCGGCUCAUCGAGAAAAAGAGACGUGACCGGAUUAACGAGUGCAUCGCCCAGCUGAAGGAUCUCCUACCCGAACAUCUCAAACUUACAACUUUGGGUCACUUGGAAAAAGCAGUGGUUCUUGAACUUACCUUGAAGCAUGUGAAAGCACUAACAAACCUAAUUGAUCAGCAGCAGCAGAAAAUCAUUGCCCUGCAGAGCGGCUUACAAGCUGGUGAGCUGUCAGGGAGAAAUGUGGAAACAGGUCAAGAGAUGUUCUGCUCAGGCUUCCAGACAUGUGCCCGGGAGGUGCUUCAGUACCUGGCCAAGCAUGAGAACACUCGGGACCUGAAGUCUUCGCAGCUUGUCACCCACCUCCACCGCGUGGUCUCGGAGCUGCUUCAGGGUGGUACCUCCAGGAAGCCAUCAGACCCAGCUCCCAAAGUGAUGGACUUCAAGGAGAAACCCAGCUCUCUGGCCAAAGGCUCGGAAGGUCCUGGGAAAAACUGUGUGCCAGUCAUCCAGCGGACUUUUGCUCACUCGAGUGGGGAGCAGAGCGGCAGUGACACGGACACAGACAGUGGCUAUGGAGGAGAAUCUGAGAAGGGCGACUUGCGCAGUGAGCAGCCGUGCUUCAAAAGUGACCACGGACGCAGGUUCACCAUGGGAGAAAGGGUCGGCGCAAUUAAGCAAGAAUCCGAAGAACCCCCCACAAAAAAGAACCGGAUGCAGCUUUCAGAUGAUGAAGGCCAUUUCACUAGCAGUGACCUGAUCAGCUCCCCGUUCCUGGGCCCACACCCACACCAGCCUCCUUUCUGCCUGCCCUUCUACCUGAUCCCACCUUCAGCGACUGCCUACCUGCCCAUGCUGGAGAAGUGCUGGUAUCCCACCUCGAUGCCAGUGCUAUACCCAGGCCUCAACGCCUCUGCCGCAGCCCUCUCUAGCUUCAUGAACCCAGACAAGCUCUCGGCUCCCUUGCUCAUGCCCCAGAGACUCCCUUCUCCCUUGCCAGCUCAUCCGUCCGUUGACUCUUCUGUCUUGCUCCAAGCUCUGAAGCAGAUCCCCCCUUUAAACUUAGAAACCAAAGACUGAACUCUCUAGGGGAUCCAGCUGCUUUGCUUUCCUUCCUCACUACUUCCUAAAAAACAACAAAAAAGUUUUUGUGAAUGCUGCAAGAUUGUUCCAUUGUGUAUACUGAGAUAAUCUGAGGCAUGGAGAGAAGAUUCAGGGUGUGUGUGUGUGUGUGAGUGUGUGUGUGCGCGCGCGCGUGCGCACGUGCACAUGUGUGUCUGCGUGUUGGUAUAGGACAUUAAAGCUCCUUUUGGCAUAGGGAAGUCACGAAGGAUUGCUUGACAUCAGGAGACUUGGAGCGGGGGACUGUAGCAGACUUUUGGGCUUUUCUCCACCCAGAGAAUAGCCCCCUUUGAUACACAUCAGCUGGGUUUUCAAAAGCUUCAAAGUCUUGGUCUGUGAGUCACUGUUCAGUUUGGGAGCUGGGUCUGUGGCUUUGAGCAAAAGGUACUUUCAAAAGAGGGCUUUCCAGAGCACAGCUCCCAACCAGCUGUUAGGACCCCACCCUUUUCCCUUUCUUGUCGACGUGACUCACCGGAUGACCGGGAGAGAGCAGUCAGACUGAGCUUUCAGCUAACGCGGUGAGGUAGCAGGCACUGGUAGCACGGCAGUGGUUUGGGGGGGGGGUUCCGCAGAUCUGCUCCCCACCCCUGCCUGGGACGAAUACGGAGAAGGAGCUCCCUACUCAGGCUUUCGUAGUGAUUAGCUUACUAAGGAACUGAAAAUGGCCCCCUUGUACAAGCUGAGCUGCCCGGGAGGGAGGAGUUCCCUGGGCCUCUGGCACCUGUUUCUAGGUCUAACCAUCAGUACUUGCUGUUCAGGGAACCAAAUCAAGGUCUGAGAGAUGCAGACACACCAAGCAAGCACCCCAGAGUGCACAAAGCUGAGAAACUACUAGACUCACUUUUCAAUUCUACCCUAAAACUCCUUUUAACCAAGCUUAGCUUCUCAAAGGCCUAACCAAGCCUUGGCACCACCAGAUCGUUUCUGUAGGCUCAUUCCUCUUGCCCAACGGCAUAUGGAGUGUCCUUAUUGCUAAAAAGGAUUCUGUCUCCUUCAAAGAAGUUUUAUUUUUGGUCCGGAGUACUUGUGUUCCCCACGUGUCCAGCUAGCCCGGCAGCAGCUUUUCAAAAUGCACUAUAUGCCUGAUCGCUGAUCGUGUUUUUUUCUUUUCCUGUUUUUAUUUCGGUAUAAAGUCGUUGCCUUUAUUUGUAAAGCUGUUAUAAAUAUAUAUUAUAUAAAUAUAUUAAAAAGGAAAAUGUUUCAGAUGUUUAUUUGUAUAAUUACUUGAUCCACACAGUGAGAAAAAAUGAAUGUAUUUCUGUUUUUGAAGAGAAGAAUAACUUUUUUUCUCUAGGGAGAGGUACAGUGUUUAUAUUUUGGAGCCUUCCUGAAAGUGUAAAAUUGUAAAUAUUUUUAUCUAUGAGUAAAUGUUAAGUCGUUGUUUUAAAAUACUUAAUAAAAUAAUUCUUUUCCUGUGGAAGAGAAA